AUGAAAGGCCAAGCAAAACUGAAACGUCGAAGAGCAUCUAUAGAAAGUUAUGUGAGACGAAGGAAGGCUAUAGCUGCAUGUCUAGGAAAGUCUAAGGAAGUGGGUAAAAAUUCUAGGGAAAUCUAGUUGUAGAAUGUGAAGGAAAUAAAAUUUCUUAUUUGUGUUCCUCUAAAUUCCAGUUCACUAUCGAAGUACCAUUCGUCCGCAUAACAAAAGGUCAGCAUCAGCCAAGUUCAAAUGUAGCCAACGAGUUAAAAUACGAGCCCGACCCACUACGAUACCUUGGCUUUCUACCUGGUGCUCAUCCAGCCAUUAACUUACAUAAACAGAUGUUUUAUGAACUAUUGGUUAAAAAAGGUUUAGUCUACAUGUAUGAUCAUGACUAUGACGUGGAACCCGAUUCUCCAAUCAUUAGAAGCGACGCAGAAUUAGGAAUUGACUACGGAGAGUUGAAACAGGUGUAG